UAGUAAUCCAAUGUAUUAUCAACAAUACAAUGGACCAUUGAAUUAUGAGCUUGAUAGCAGUAAUGGAUUAAUACCAUUGGAACAUAAUGACUAUCCACUGAUAUCAGUUAUAGUAGAUACUGCUGCAAUAAUAACAACUACUGAUAUGUACACAUCAUUCAUUACCUCUCCUACCAGUGGUGCAUCAAUUGAUGAUAGUCCAUUAACUACAGUAUCUACUGGGGCUACUGUUCAAAGCAAUAUAUCUACAGUCAGUAAUACAGUAAUACUAGCUAGUUGUGCAGUAUUUAUAGUACUGGUAGCUACUAUACUGGUAAUAAUAUUGGUGAGUGUGUUAGUGUGUAGGAGAAGAUUUAAAAAAGGAAUUGACACUUCAGAAAAUGAACGUUAUACUGACCCACAGAGUGUAGUGAGUUCAAGAACUAAUGACAACAACAUAGAGGAACAACCACAAGAUUAUGAAAAUGUAAGACCACUAGCAAGAUGGCAGCUAACAGAAAAGAAUAAAAUAGAAGAUACACCUCCUUCAAGCAGAAAUAGAGAAACACGUGAAACAAGUAUGACUAUACCACAGGAGAGAGUCAAUAACCCUGCAUAUGGAAUUCAUAAAAUAAGAAAUGAAAACAUUGAGAAAGAAGCACCAGUGUAUGAUGUGCCACAAAUAACACAAAAAGUUACAGUAGUACAGAAUAAAGCGUAUGGAAGACUGAAAGGGAAAGUAUAAUGGCAUACAUUGAUAGCAGUAUACUUAGCUAGUAGAUAAAACUUUAUACUGUAUGUAUAUAGACAAGACUACAAGUUUAUUUGUAAUCAAUUGUCAUUUAG